GCCGCCGCCCGCUCCCGCCCGCGCGCGGCGGGAUGGACGAUCAAUCCAGGAUGCUGCAGACUCUGGCCGGGGUGAACCUGGCCGGCCACUCGGUGCAGGGGGGCAUGGCCCUGCCGCCUCCCCCGCACGGCCACGAAGGGGCGGACGGCGACGGCAGGAAGCAGGACAUCGGCGACAUCCUCCACCAGAUCAUGACCAUCACCGACCAGAGCUUGGACGAGGCGCAAGCAAAGAAACAUGCCCUGAACUGUCACCGAAUGAAACCCGCGCUCUUCAGCGUCCUGUGUGAGAUCAAAGAGAAAACAGGUCUCAGCAUCAGAGGAGCCCAGGAGGAGGACCCUCCCGAUCCCCAGCUAAUGAGACUGGACAAUAUGCUUUUGGCAGAAGGGGUUUCAGGUCCUGAGAAAGGUGGGGGAUCGGCGGCAGCAGCUGCAGCCGCGGCAGCCUCUGGAGGUUCUUCAGAUAACUCUAUUGAACACUCAGAUUACAGAGCCAAAUUGACCCAGAUCAGACAAAUCUAUCACACAGAACUGGAGAAAUAUGAACAGGCAUGUAAUGAAUUCACUACGCAUGUGAUGAACCUUCUCCGAGAACAGAGUAGAACACGUCCCAUUUCCCCAAAAGAGAUUGAAAGAAUGGUAGGCAUCAUCCAUCGAAAAUUUAGUUCCAUUCAGAUGCAGCUCAAACAAAGCACUUGUGAAGCGGUUAUGAUUCUAAGAUCAAGGUUCCUUGAUGCCAGACGGAAAAGGCGUAACUUCAGUAAACAGGCCACAGAAAUCUUGAAUGAAUAUUUUUACUCACACCUCAGCAACCCCUACCCCAGUGAAGAAGCCAAAGAGGAGCUGGCCAAGAAAUGCAGCAUCACAGUGUCACAGGUAUCCAACUGGUUUGGCAAUAAACGAAUCAGGUACAAGAAGAAUAUCGGCAAAUUUCAAGAAGAAGCCAACCUCUACGCUGCAAAGACAGCCGUGACAGCUGCACACGCAGUAGCCGCAGCUGUGCAGAACAACCAGACCAAUUCGCCCACCACGCCAAAUUCUGGUUCUUCUGGUUCUUUUAACCUCCCAAAUUCUGGGGACAUGUUCAUGAACAUGCAGAGUCUGAAUGGGGAUUCUUACCAAGGGUCCCAAGUCGGAGCCAAUGUGCAAUCACAGGUGGAUACCCUCCGUCAUGUUAUCAAUCAGACGGGAGGCUACAGUGAUGGCCUUGGAGGAAAUUCACUGUACAGUCCACAUAAUUUAAAUGCUAAUGGAGGCUGGCAGGACGCAACAACUCCAUCUUCUGUGACUUCUCCCACAGAAGGCCCAGGAAGUGUGCACUCGGAUACCUCUAACUAAUCUCUGGCCACACUUCUUCCUGAGCUGACAUGCCUCUAUAAGUGCAUUCAGAGCAAGAGGAGGGAAAGGCAAGCGCUUUUGUAGCCCACCACCUACAGCUUUACUGUAAAACCUUGUCUUAUUAGAGAACUUGGUAAAUCUGUUUUUUAAAGAAUCAUAAUCAUUUGUAUUUAUACUUAAAAACACACAAUGUUAAAAAAAAGCACUUUAUCCAAUUGGGCCAAGAUUUCACAUUGUUGACAGUCCUGUAGCUAU